AUGAGAUCAAAGUCCCGACCACGCAACAACGACGACAUUGAGCAAAGCACCAGCAGUGGUGAUCAUCAUCAUCAUCAUCAUCAUCAUCAUUCGGAAGUAGAUUCUCAGGCGGAGGUGCAGGCCAAGAAACGAAAAAGAAUGAAGCAAGCUGCAGCAAUGUUGGCCAUAUUAGUGGCAGCCAUCAUAGCUGCCACGCUUCUUCUCUUGGGAAACAAUAAUGCGGACAGUGAUGACUUUGUAGUAGGUAUUGACAAUGAUGCGAAUGCUGUGAAUACGGCACCAUCCUUGGCCCCUGCGAUGUCACCAAACAACAGCAACAACAAUGGUAAGAAUGAUAACGAUGAACCUUCCUCCUCCUUCAUUCCAACCAUUGGUAAUCAUAAUUCACCAACGCUAGCGCCAUCUCUUCUUCCAACCGUUACUACAUCGGCUCCGUCAAUAACAACGACGUUACCAUUCCCGAACCCAACCAUGAUACCAACAACACUCAAACCAUCUGCAACACCAUCAUUCAAACCAACCACACAAAAACCAUCUGUAACUCCGUCAUUCAAACCAACAUUCAAUCCAACAACAACGCCUACACUCGAUCCAACAACAACGCCGACACACAAUCCAACAAUCCAAUCAACAACUCUCCAACCAUCUACAGAACCAUCCGUCAACGAUAAUAUAUUUUUGGACAAUUUUGAUGAAGUCGUCUCGCUCACGGACAAUUUCCAAAUCCUUCAAGUCGUCGACCAUGACCCUUCUGCCUUCACUCAAGGUUUGUAUUACGACAAGGAUUCAGGCCUCUUGACGGAAGGCACGGGAAUCUAUGGACGAUCCUUGAUCCGAACCUGGGAUCCAAUGACGGGCCAAGUCCUACAAGAAACGAAAUUGGAACGAGCCUUUUUUGGAGAAGGCGUGACGUGGUAUAUGGAUUCGUUUGGAGAGGAACGAUUCAUUCAGAUAACUUGGAAAGAACAAAGUGCCUUUGUGUACGAUACUACCGACCUGAAUCAACUUCAAUCCUUUACUUACGACCAACGAACCACCACCAAUGAAGGCUGGGGAAUUACCUUUGAUCCUAUUGAGCAGAUUUUCUAUGUCAGUGACGGAUCCCACUUCAUUCACAUCUGGGAUCUGAACUUUCAACUGGUGCGCAAGUUUCCAGUCACUUGGAAACAAGAGAAUGGCGAUACUCGCAAUGUAGACCGUUUGAACGAACUGGAAUGGGAUCCCAUCACCAAGACCAUCUUAGCCAAUGUAUGGUAUGCCAAUUACAUUGUGCGGAUAUGGCCAGGCACGGGAAAAGUUAUACAGGUACAUGACAUGGCGUCCCUACAAAGUGGAGGAGGCGGUGGUGUCUUGAAUGGGAUUGCACACCACUCGGCCAAGAAGUGGUGGGUCACGGGCAAGGAAUGGAGGAAUUUGUACCUUAUCGAGUUCAAUGAAUCUGGUUAG